AUGAUAAUAAAAAAUAUCUGUGUCAAUGACGGAUUGGCCAACGGUGUAACUGGUCGUAUUGUAGAUUAUGUAGAAAAUAGUAAUUCACAAGUUUCUCAUAUAAAAAUCAAAUGUGAUUCAACUAAAGUUGGACGUCUACAUCGAAUCAGUUGUCCAUAUUGUCAUGGACAAGAUACAAUAUGUGUAACAAGAGAAAGUGACACUAUCGAUCAGCAAGAUACAGAUUUUAGAUCCAAAAAAGGAAUAAAACAAUUUCCCUUACGUCUCAGCUGGGCUAUGACUAUACAUAAAGCUCAAGGUAUUACAAUUGAUCAAGUUGUCAUUAGUACAAAAGAUUUUUUCGGUAGUGGAAUGGGUUACACAGCAUUGUCUCGUGUACGAACUGUUGAAGGUUUAUUUCUUCUCGAUUUACACUUCGAUAAAUUUUAUUGUAACGAGAAUAUCGAUCGAGUUCUUUCUCAAAUGAAAGAAAUAACACGAAAACAAUCAAUAUUUCAAAUAUCUUUAAAUUAUUUAAACAUAAUAUUUCAUAAUAUUGAAGGAUUGAAAUCUAACUUUAAUGCUUUUAGAAGUCAUCAUUUAACUCAAAGUGCAGACUUAAUUUGUCUAACAGAGACUUGGUUAAAUUAUAAAAAUCUAAUCAAUAAAUUUGAAAUGAAAGGAUAUCACUUGAUUCAUAAAUCAAGAUCAUCUUCGUUUUCAAGUGAUCAUCUACUUCAUUCUCAAAAACGUGGUGGUAUUGCAAUAUAUUAUCGAGAUAAUAUUUCUAUUCAAGAAAUUGAUCCAUGUGAACAUUUAAAUCUCGAGCAUAUAACUUUCGAACUUCUGAAAGAAAAAAUUGUUAUAAUAAACUGUUAUCGAUCGCCACAACAAAAUAAAACUGAAUUUUUAACAAAUCUGUGUAAACAUCUAAAGAAAAUUGGCAUCAACAGGAAAAUCAUGAUAAUAGGCGAUUUAAAUGAAAAUAGUCUCAGUGAAAAAUUAAAAUCUAUUGAAACAAAAUUAAAUAAUUUAGGUUUUAUAAACAUCUAUAAAAAUUUACCUACUACUAAUAGUUUAACUAGUCUUGAUUGUUUAUAUUGUAAUUUUAAAUUAACUAAAGAUCACCAUAAAGGUAUAGGAGCAACGUAUUAUAGUUUUCAUGAUACAUUGAUUUUCUCAAUUAAUACUGAAUAUCAAACAAAAGAUUUAAAUACAGAAAUUGAAUAUGAAGAUGAAGAAAAUAUGAAAUUAACUAAUACGAUGCCAACACCUGUACCAAUGAUUGAUAUACCUAAAACAACAUGUAAGCGAAAAAAAGAUUCAGAACAUACUAGUACAAGUAAAAUACAUCAAACAACAACUAUUUCACCAACUAGUGCUAGAAGCAGCGAGAUUAUGAAAGAAAAACAAAGAGAUUUUCUUAAAAAUAUAAAGUAUAUUAUUGAGAAAGGCAUUUUAGAAAAAGGCACACAUACAUUAACAUUAACAGAGCAACUUGCUUUAAUUGGAUUAAAGAAAGUUAAGAUAUUAGGAGAUGGUAAUUGUUUUUUUCGUGCAAUUUUACAUCAACUAAAUAGAAAUGAAACUGAUCAUUUACUACUUCGAUCUGAAGUAAUUAAUUAUCUUAUUAAAAAUAAAUUUUUUUUUUCACCAUUUCUUGAUGAAACCUAUUUAACAUUUGAUAAUUAUAUUGAAGAAAUGAGCAAAUUUGGAACUUUUGUUGAUCAUCUAGCCAUUACAGCUACUGCAGUUAUUAUAAAUAAAAAUAUAAUUAUCCAUGAAUUAGGUAAAAAGCCUAUUCUAGUUCCUGGAUCAGAUUUUAUUGAGGAUCAAGUACAUUUAUGUUAUUUUCCUAAUAUACACUAUGAUAGUAUUGUUUCUAUUGAUAAUAAUUUUGCAUUUCUUUCUUUUGAAGACGUUAUAAUUACAUCCUAA